AUGACGAGUGAUCUAAGAAAUAUGACAUUUAUUACCAUUAAUAUUACGCUUUUCAUUUUCGCUUUAUUAAAGGGAGUAUCAGCAGAUUCUACCCAAUUCUGUACUACAAAUUGGAAAGAUAACUGGCCUAGCUCCAACUCAUUGGCAGUAACUCCUCAUAAUGGUUUAUUGCAACUUUCAGAUGAAGGUAUUGGCUGCUCCAAUAUUCUAACGGACGAUGGUAAAUUGCGUUUUCCAGUUCAAAGUGGGGAGACAGGUUACGCAGUGGCUUUAGGAAACGGUAGUUUUGCUACUGGUUCUGAAGCUGAUGCUUCGUCUGGCUGGUAUAUUGAAGGAGCUCAAUUAUACUAUAACAACAGCAAUGUAUUUUAUGUUAUUCCAACAUCCGAUUCUGACCAUUCCAUUCUUUCCAGAAGUAGUUUUAAUAAUACCCAAGAAACCCAAUUAUAUGUGAAAGGUACCUCUGGUAACAAUAUAACAAGUUUCCAUCCUACCAAUGGAUCCGCAGUUGGUAACAUUACUGCAGGUGGAAACACAACCUCCUCCAGCGUCAUACCUCAGCAAAGUAGUAAAAAUGGAUCACCUAAAAUUGUUCCAUUUUUCGGUCCUCUUGCCGCAAUUUUGCUAAUUUUGUAG